CCGAGCAGAUCCGAACGCUAGUGUUUAAUCCCACUCGGUGUUAUCGGUUGUUACCGCGUGCGUUUUCUACCGUCACGUUCUAAACGUCAGUAAAUCAUCAUCAUCGAUAUUUCCAGUGGAUUUAAUAGUCGAUUAAUGACUCAAGUGUUGACACUGAUUGCUGAUUAAACUGGAGAGGUGAAUUAUCGAUUCGUUGGAGGUGUUUUACCGGGGAAUUGACGAUUGACAGUGUCGUUGGGAUAAUGCGAGAGACUUGGCUGAUCAUCACUGUCUGUUUCUACUCAAAUACCUGCGGAUGGAGAUCGGGCUGUGGGUCUGAGGACAGGGAACUGUUCUACUGACGCGGCGUUUGACAGAUCUGAUGAGUCCGCUAUUAUCGCCAGUUCUCCAUGAUCGAUGGCUUAUGAAUCAUCGGGGGUAACUGCUUAAUUACGAUAUUCGUUUGGAGGAGUUGCAACGUGCGUCGAGGAAAUUCAGUUUGUGGCAUUAUCUGUGAUCGAUCGUGCUGCGAUUAAAUAUUUCAAUGAAAUUGCAAUAAGUGAAACUCAUUCGAGUUUAAUUAAAUUGUGGUGAUUAACGGUGAACUAGAACGAGGGGAGUUCUGGUCUGUUGUGAUAAUUCGAGAUCAUUUGAUCGGUGGAAUUAGGGGGAAAUCGUGGGGCAAGGGACUACGUAUGUGUCACAAGGUUAGAAACGAGGAAAAGAGGAAGCGGCAGUUGACCGCGGAGUAUUGAAAAUUCCCCCAAAUAUUGUUUGCUUGCAAACAAUAUUUUUUUCCUCCUUGACACGUUGUUGGUGGGCUCUCUGAGGCCCGCCGAUCUCAUUGGCCAAGCUGGCGAGCGCUCUGACUGCUGGUAUGAACCCCCACCAUCCGGGACACACAGCAGCCUACCCCCAUCAUCCCUCGUUGUCAAGUAGUCCACAUCAUACUGGGCCUGGUGGUCCACAUCACGGUGGUUACGCAACUGGCAAUAGCAGCAGUGGUGGUGGCAGUGGUGGUGGUAGUGGUAGUACAUCAACACCAGAUCUACCGAGUCCUCACUCACCACCGAGCCACUCGGGACAAACGGAUCCUGGUACACCUUAUGGCUCAAUCGGUGGAACACCUGGUAUGGGUAGCAAUGGUCAUCAUCAUGGCGGUGGUGGCAUGAUGGGCGACAAUCCACAUCAUCCUGUCCAUACGCAUCCACAUUUGCCAGGGCAUCCGGCGUAUCCGCCUGUUAAUCAUAACAACAAUUGUACAUUGAAGCAGGAAGGUGGUCAACAAGGAUCAAUGAUCCACACAUGCAGUGGAUGUGGUGGUAGAAUAGUCGAGAGAUUCUUCUUGCACGCGAUCGACCGCUACUGGCACAACAGUUGUCUCAAGUGUGCUUUUUGUAACCAUCCCCUGGCAGAAAUGGGCGCUUCAUGCUUCAUAAAGAAUGGACAGGUCCUCUGCAAACCUGACUAUACGAGAAUGUAUGGUAGUACAGCCCAGUGCGCGGGAUGCUCGCAGACAAUACCAGCGGAUCAAUUGGUCACAAGAGCGGCGGGGGUUGUGUUCCAUCCCAAGUGCUUCGUCUGCAGCAAGUGUGGGGAGCCAUUAUUAUCCGGUGCCAAAUACACUUUGAUGUCAGGUCAACCAGUGUGCGAGCCAGACUGGCACAAACUGAUGAAAUCCUCAUCAGUGGCAUCAUCAGGUGGUGUACAAACGAUAACAGGAAACGGUGGUGCACCCCAACGGAAAAACAAGGUGGGCCGACCUCGGCGAAGUCGUGAAUGAGGCGGUAACCCGGUCGGUCGACCGAAGAAGGUACAACCCACGACGCAAUUGUUAUCAGCGUCACCCGUCAUCCCCUCUGCAGCCUCAAUGCCUGGUGCAGUGCAAACACCACCAUCUGGUGUUAUGCCAUCAAGCCAGGUUGACGUUGUGGAUGUGGGUGUCGGAGGGGAUCCCUAUUCGCCGCCGCCACCGGGUCAACAGCACUAUCACCAUCAUCACAUGGGUUUGGGCCUUGUGGGACAUCACCUGGUCCAACCGCCUCACUUGUCACACCAUCCCCAGACGUCCUAUCAAGAGUGGACGCACUGGGGUGAAUCGUGCGAUUAAAAACAUUACGCUAUGCAACAAUCAUUGUGAGAUCAACUGUUCUUGUGCCGCGAGAGUGUUGACUAUUGUACACAGACAACUUGAGAUAGAGUUAAUAGUGACCUUUUUUUUUCUACGGGCCAUCAAACAAUCGUGGAACUCUGAUUGAUAGAGCCCAAUGCCGAAUGGUUUUGAGACUAAGUGCAGAGAAAAACCGUGGGAGGAUGGGAGGAAAAUUAAUGGAUCCAUUUCACGGAUUGUUGCUCGAUGCGAGCCGGGCUCUCGAGGAUCACCUGAUUACUUUGGAUUCGACAUUUAAUCAUUCUGCGACUUACAAAAAACAAAAAUAACAACUGGAUGAAAACAAACAAACCAAACUCAAUGUACUUUUUUUGCCUGACUACUGCGCACGCGAUUGAGGAUAAUUCAAUAGAAUUGAGCACGUUGGAGACGUGGCUUUUCGGGUGGGAGAAUUGAUUAGAUUUUUCAGGGGUGAAUUGCUCAAGGAUUGUUUGCUCAUUUUUCUCAUACGUAAAAAAACCCAUCGGGGCAAUGCAUUAACGCUCAAGCUUUCCCUAUAUCUAUACAUCAACAACAAAACCCCUCUGAAACUGUAUAAAUUAUUAUUACCAAGAAUGAAAGACGAUUCAGUGCAUGUUAACGAGCCACCGUCAGAUGGUGGGCCAGGUGGCGAGGGGUCUCUCCGAAAAUGCCACCAGAAAAUAAAAAGAGAGUGAUUACCAUUCCAAAUUAGUUGAAUGCGGCAGGUGGUUGGAGGAGCCUGUGACGAGACGAGUGGAAAAAAAAUCUCUUAAUUUUUUUCUUCAAUCAGGAUUAAAAUAUAAAAUAGGAGAGUAAUGGAAGGGAAAAAAAAGGUGGGGAGAGAAUCGGAGUUGAAGAGUUCAAGGGAAGAGGAGUCGUAAAAUGAGUACGAUUGUGAGGAGGGUUUGGAGGGGUGGGUAGUCACCUCUUAGAAAAUUAUUUUUCUUUCAAAAUCAUCGAGCCUUUCGCCUCGGUGAGUGCGAAAGAGGUGACGCCUAAGUUCGUUAGGCGUCCCUUGUUUCCGUGGCCGAGGUUAACGGUUACACUUUCAUGGAGCCCCCAUUGGGCACCCGUCCCCCUACCACCUCUCCUGACGUGGCUCAAAGUCGUUGUAGAAGCUUGAACUCGUUUAUUUUGCCGUGCGAAAUGGCUAGAACGUCCUGAGAUAUUCAUUUCUGAAAUAUACUUGGUUAACCUCACUCUCUCCAUCUGUCGACGGCUUUUAAUUUCUCGACGGUCUCGUUACAUUUUCCACUGGCGCCCUGUGCCCCUCAUGCAUGAAUUCACCCGGCCCACCUGAGUUUGAGUUUUCAAUGCACAACUUUUUUAUUUCACACUUUUCUCAUUUUUCCACACCCCUACAAAGGCCCAACUCAUGCAUUACACCGUACACGCAACAAAACACUGUGAAGUACUUACCGAGUGUUGUACUUAAAACAUUUAUUUUCAUUAUUAUCCCCCAACGUUUUCUACCUCGUCCUCGUGGCAGCAUUAAACGAUCGAUAAUGAUGGGGGGAUUAAUGUUUGACUUGUAUUUUCAACUCGCGUGCGGAUUAAGUAGGAAAAAAACCCGAAUUUGUUGACAUUAACAGUAUUUCAAUCACGAGAAAAAAAAAUCUUGGAUGUUCGGGCGAAGGAUUUGAAUGUAUAAAGAGGCGAUUUAAAUAUCAGACUAUCUCUGAGGAACAGGGUUUAAAAAAACGAGCAUCAGCAAUAAAUGUAAAGUAAAUGUAUAAUCCUUAAUACAUUCACGAUAUUAAGUAUCUAAUGUGUUUGUAGCUUAAUGUCGUAUUCUUGAGAACAAAGAGAGCAUUAUAGUUUAACGACAUUGGCUCAAGCUCCUACAAAGCUCAAUAACGAAAUAAAAUGAAAUAAAUAACAAAAAAAACAUAAACAAAGUAAAGAGAUAAAAUUCUUGAAUGUAAACUGUAUAAUACAAUUGAUCGUUAUACGUUCCACUCGUUCUGUUCUUUAGCGAAAAAACUUUUGUCUUCAAAAACUGACUCCAUAUUUACAUUUAAAAGAGAAUGUGAGAACAGUGAGAGAAAAAAAAAUAACAACAACUUGAAAACUAACGAGAAAGAUGUUGAGGGGUCGAUUGCAAGCCUGAGAAAUAUUCCUCCCGGAUGGUGAAAUAACAAUCGAUUUGUCAAACGAGUCGACUCUACGGCCCUCCUCUUACCGAGGAACGAACAAAUCGCAGCUGAAUUUUAAAAAAAUGAAGAGAAAUAUGUAAUUUAAACUUGUAUAUAGGUACAUUUUGUAUAUUGUUAAAAAUUUGUGUGAUAUAAAUGGUUAUUUACUAUUAAAAAGGGAGAUAAACUACAUCUGACCUUUGGGUGCCACUGGUGGCGGAACUUCCGGGAUUUCGCCACCAGCGACCACUGGGAACUGUCCAGUGUUGCCGGGUUGGAAGGUGAAUUUUUUCGGCAGAUGCACUUCCUUUUAUUUUUUAUAUCGUAAAUUGAUGAUGAAUGGUCAUUAUGCAAUUUUGCAUCGGGCAAUUUAGUACUUUUGUUCGAUUAAGUCAUCUCUGCAGCUAUUUUUACAGACAAUCUAACGUGAAAUUCUAUCUCGUUAACUCGGCAACACUGGAGACACGAAGUUGCGACCAUGCGACGUCCUCGGGGGUAGUUACGAGUCUAGAUAUAUCGAGACUAAAAUAUUUCAGACGAAUGAAAAUUGCGAGGGGAGAGAGAAAUAUUAGAGUUUAUGGUGCGAUCAAUCUUCUUCGAGACGUCCCAACGAGUCUCAAUUUCCUUCCCGAGGAUGUUGUGGAGUAAAUAAAAAUGCGUGAGGUCAAUGAUUAGACGGGAGUGGGAGGUGGGGGAGAUGAUACAAAGUGAUCAAUUCACGUUUAGUUAAUUUUGUUAUUUGAUUUAUCUCAACUUUAAUGCCGCAAACUGGGGCAUACCUCUAGUCGGUUGCCCUGGGCACUUGUAAGAUAUUACGGCAUACACGUUUAUUAAUUAAUUAAUAAAAGAGAAAAGGAAAAAUCCAAGUUUCUAGAAAA